CCGAGUAAGGGAGAAAGUCUCAGCCACUUUUCAGCCCUCUCUCCUCCUGUGGAAUGUAUCAGCUGCUCUAAAUGAUCUCUCGUGGAUCCACACGCAGCUGGAUGCGCACGGGCCCACUUCGCGCGUGACCGUGCGCAUCUAUUCACAGGCGCCCUUCGGAAGCUUGCGCUCAACUCUUGAAACUUGUAUCAUUAUCAUACCUGCGUGGAAGACUCGCGAGACAAGCUUUGACUCCAGACUGCACACAAGUUCCACAGAUAGAGGGCUGGACAGCGGGUUAAGCCCAUUGCACACUUGAGGAGUGGAUAUGCAGGACAGUAAGAGCGGAGGAGAGCGGCUCUUGCAGCUGGUUCUGGUGGCCCAGCUGUCACUCUGUGUCCUGCUCGGAAACGCCGCAGAGGUUCUGGACACCGGAGAGGUUAGAACCACCGACUCCAGAACCAGCAGAGCCAAAAGGAAGGGAGGGACGGACGUGCUCAGAGGACCCAAUGUAUGCGGCUCAAGGAACAAUGUUUAUUGCUGUCCAGGCUGGAAGACUCUGAUUGGGGGAAACCAGUGCAUUGUCCCCAUAUGUCGAAGCAGUUGCGGAGAUGGCUUCUGCUCCAGACCCAACAUGUGCACCUGUCCCACGGGCCAAGUCGCCACGUCCUGUGGAUCCAAAUCAGUCCAGCACUGUAACAUCCGAUGCAUGAAUGGGGGGACUUGUGCUGAGGACCACUGCCUCUGUCAGAAAGGCUACGUGGGAAACCACUGUGGUCAACCGGUUUGUGAAAAUGGCUGCCUUAAUGGAGGAAGGUGUGUGGCUCCCAACAGAUGUGUGUGUACCUACGGCUUCACCGGGGCGCAGUGCGAGAAAGACUAUCGGACCGGUCCAUGCUUCGCCUCAGUGAACAAACAGAUGUGUCAAGGCCAGCUCACUGGUAUUGUUUGCACAAAGACUCUGUGCUGUGCCACAGUGGGACGGGCAUGGGGUCACCCGUGCGAAAUGUGCCCAGCCCAGCCUCAACCGUGCCGGAGAGGCUUCAUACCAAACCACCGCACAGGAGCAUGCCAAGAUGUGGAUGAGUGCCAGGCAAUCCCUGGCAUCUGUCAGGGUGGAAACUGUAUCAAUACAGUGGGAUCCUUUGAAUGUAAAUGUCCCGCUGGGCACAAAUUUAAUGAGAUCUCACAGAAAUGUGAAGAUCUUGAUGAGUGUUCCAACAUUCCGGGUGUCUGUGGCGUUGGCGAAUGCUCAAACACUGCCGGCAGUUACUUCUGCAAGUGUCCGCAGGGAUAUUACGUCUCGAUGGAUGGCUCCAGGUGUAUAGAUGCUCGCGGCGGUUACUGUUUCGCCAGCCUGCUGAAUGGGCGCUGUGCCAACCAAAACUCACAGCUGUUGACCAAAAUGCAGUGCUGCUGUGACAGCGGGCGAUGCUGGUCCGAUGGCUCCACUCCGGAAAUGUGUCCCAUUCGCGGAGCAGAAGAGUACCACAAACUCUGCACCCAGUUACCCGAUAUUGGAGGUGGGGGAAUCAUACCUGGACGUGGACCGGGGGGCCCUGACAUUCCAGGCAUCUACCCACAUAUCCCGGGCCGUACUCCUGGUCAGGGCCCAGGACCAGGAGUAGGGCCGGGACCAGGACCUGGUCGGACGCCGGGUCAUUAUCCAGAUCUAACCCCGGAUCGUCCCCCAGGUCAAGGCGAGUUUCCAGGACAGCUACCAUUACAGCCUCCUCCAGGUCCAGUCAUCAUCCAAACCCAGAAUAUCACCAACAUUUGCCAAGCCUAUCGUAACCUCUGUCCGAACGGCCGAUGUAUCCCCCUGCCGGGUGUUAAUUACCGCUGUGAGUGCAACAUGGGCUUCACAUUGGACAGGAGAAACGUGUGCAUUGAUGAGGAUGAAUGUGAGAGAAGCCCUUGUGCUCAUGGAGAGUGUGUGAACACCCCCGGGUCUUAUAUGUGUCGAUGUCCCGUCGGAUUCCAGUCCACAGCAACCAAGACAAAGUGCAGAGACCUGGACGAAUGUGUCGCCAAUGGUCGUAUCUGCAACAACGGUCGCUGCGUGAACACAGAGGGCAGCUUCCACUGUGUCUGCAAUGCCGGAUUUGAGAUCUCAACGGAUGGCAAAAACUGUCAAGAUCAAGACGAGUGUCUCAUCCGAAACAUGUGUCUCAAUGGACUUUGCAUCAAUGAGGAUGGCAGCUUCAAAUGCAUCUGUAAACCGGGCUACCUACUCGAUACCAGUGGGCGCAUGUGUGUAGACAUUGAUGAGUGUGAGAUUCCAGGUAUGUGCAUGAAUGGCCACUGCGUCAACACGGAAGGCUCUUUCCGCUGUGAAUGCAUGUCAGGGAUGGCGGUUGGCCUGGAUGGACGUGUCUGUGUCGACACACACAUGCGCAGCUCGUGCUACGGCGGUUACAAGCGAGGCCAAUGUGUUCGGCCUUUAUUUGGAGCUGUGACCAAAUCUGAGUGCUGCUGUGCUAGCAUCGAGUACGCCUAUGGGGAGCCCUGCCAACCCUGCCCACCGCAAAACUCUGCUGAGUUCCUGGCUUUAUGUCCAAAUGGCAUCGGCACAACUGGAGAUGCAAGAGAUAUUAAUGAGUGUGCCCUCGAUCCGGACUUGUGCCAGAAUGGCGUCUGUGAGAACAUGCUGAGAACAUACAAAUGCACCUGCAACGAAGGCUUUGAGGUCGACCUGACAGGCAAAAACUGUAUUGAUAUUGACGAAUGUCUGGUUAACAGGCAGUUGUGCGAUAACGGCCUAUGCAGGAACACACCUGGAAGUUUCACCUGUCAAUGUCUCAAAGGAUUCCGCUUCAAUCCGGAAAAAGAUGUCUGUGAGGAUGUGGAUGAAUGUGUGUCUAAUCCCUGUGUGAAUGCGGACUGCGUGAACAGCAAAGGAUCAUUUGUUUGCUUGUGUUCAACGGGCAGUUCACUGGACAGCUCUGGGCUUGAGUGCAUUGAGACAACUAAAAGCACUUGCUGGCUGAAGAUGAUUAAUGAUGUCUGUGAAGUCAACAUCAACGGGGCAACGCUCAAGUCUCACUGCUGUGCCACACUAGGAGUGGCCUGGAACAGCCCUUGUGUCAAAUGCGAAAAAGAUCCCAUUUGUAGUAAGGGCCUUGCUCGAGUCAGAGGAAAUGUGUGUGAAGAUGUGGAUGAGUGUCAAGUUUUUCCUGGAGUGUGUAUCAAUGGCAAGUGUGUCAACACGCACGGCUCCUUUUUCUGUCAAUGCCCUCCUGGAAUGACCGUUGAUAUUAGCGGGAGAACCUGCAUCGACUUGCGCACAGAGCAUUGCUACCUAACACAUGAGGAUGAACGUUGUGGAGCUCCUAUCUCAGGAAAACACCGCGUGGAUGCUUGUUGUUGCUCAGUGGGAGUAGCCUGGGGUCCAGAGUGCGAUGAAUGUCCCGAGAAAGGUACCCCGGAAUACACUCAGCUCUGCCCUCGUGGACCAGGCUUCUCCCACCGUGGUGACUUCAUCAACGGAAGACCCUUCCUCAAAGAUAUAAACGAAUGCAGGAUGAUCAACGCAAUUUGCUCAAAUGGGAAGUGCAGGAAUACCAUUGGAAGCUUCCGUUGUCGUUGUGAUAAUGGAUAUGCGUUGGAUUCGGAUGAGAGAAAUUGCACCGAUAUUGAUGAGUGCCGCAUUUCUCCCGACUUGUGUGGACAGGGGCGCUGUGUCAAUACCCCAGGAGACUUUGAGUGCGAGUGUUUUGAAGGCUAUGAGAGCGGCUUCAUGAUGAUGAAAAACUGCAUGGACAUCGAUGAGUGUGAACGCAAUCCUCUGCUGUGUCGGGGAGGCGAGUGCGUCAACAACGAAGGCAGCUUCCAGUGUGUGUGCCCCGAUGGACAUGAGAUCGCUCCCGAUGGCUCGGCCUGUCUCGACAUCAAUGAAUGUGACCUGAGCGACAAGCUGUGCAGGCAUGGCCAAUGUGUCAACAUGAUUGGACGUUACCAGUGUGUCUGUGACACAGGUUACAAAUCUACUGCGGACAGGCUGGACUGUGUGGACAUCGAUGAAUGCACCAUUGAGAAUGGAGGGUGUGAAAAUUUUUGCACAAACUCAGAAGGCAGUUAUGAGUGUAGCUGUCAUUCUGGAUAUGCUCUCAUGCCUGAUCUGAGAAGCUGCACAGAUAUUGAUGAGUGCGAGGAGAGUCCAGAUAUCUGUGAUGGGGGCCAGUGUACCAACACGCCGGGGACCUACCAGUGUCUCUGCUUCGAUGGCUUCAUGUCAUCCGAGGACAUGAAGACCUGCCUCGAUGUGGACGAAUGUGAACUCAAUCCCAACAUCUGCCUGAGUGGGAACUGUGAAAACACGAAGGGAUCCUUCAUCUGUCACUGUGAACUGGGAUACUCUGUACGCAAAGGAACUACAGGCUGCACAGAUAUCAAUGAGUGCGAAAUUGGAGCGCACAACUGUGACCGACAUGCAACAUGCACCAACACAGCAGGGAGCUUUAAAUGCAACUGUGCUCCAGGGUGGAUUGGCGACGGCUUCAAAUGCACAGAUCUUGAUGAGUGCUCCAAUGGGACCCACAUGUGCAGCAACAACGCCGAGUGUCUCAACACCAUGGGCUCGUAUCGGUGUGCGUGCAAGGAUGGAUUUUCUGGAGAUGGCUUCCAUUGCUCAGACAGUGAUGAGUGCGCAGAGAAUGGUAACCUGUGUGAGAGCGGCCACUGUCUGAACAUGCCUGGCGGCUACCGCUGCGAAUGUGACAUGGGCUUCAUCGCCACCGCUGACGGCAAGGCUUGUGAGGAUAUUGACGAAUGUACCUUCGCUGACAUCUGUGUCAAUGGGCGUUGCAAGAACAUUCCAGGCCUUUUCAGAUGUGAAUGUAGCAUUGGUUACGAACUGGACAGGAGUGGAGGCAACUGCACAGAUAUCAAUGAAUGUGCAGACCCAACCAUUUGCAUUAAUGGGAUUUGCGUUAACAUCCCCGGAAGCUACCAUUGUAACUGCCCCCCAGAUUUUGAGCUUAAUCCCACCCGGGUGGGAUGCGUAGAUACUCGCUCUGGAAGCUGCUACCUGGAUGUGCACCCCAGAGGAGACUCAUCUGAGAGCUUGGACUGCUCCAAUGAGAUCGGAGUUGGUGUUUCAAAGGCAUCUUGUUGCUGUUCGCUGGGCCAUGCUUGGGGGAACCCGUGUGAAUUAUGCCCGUCUCUCAACUACACCGAGUAUAAGACCCUGUGUCCAGGUGGUGAAGGCUUCAGACCAAACCCCAUCACUGUCAUCUUGGAAGACAUCAAUGAGUGUCAGGAACUGCCGGGCUUGUGUCAGGGAGGAGAGUGCAUCAACACCUUUGGGAGCUUUCAGUGUGAAUGUCCAAGAGGAUUCGCACUCAACCAAGAGACCAGAGUCUGUGAAGAUAUCAACGAGUGCGAGCGUCCAGGUAUUUGUGGGCCUGGCCAGUGUUACAACACCAUUGGAAACUACACCUGCAUCUGCCCCGUGGACUACGUGCAAGUCAAUGGAGGCAACAAUUGCAUGGAUAUGAGGAAGAGCUAUUGCUACAGGAACUUUUAUUCCGACAACAGAACAUGUGACGGAGAGCUAACCUUCAACAUGACCAAAAAGAAGUGCUGCUGUGCCUACAACAUUGGCCGUGCAUGGAAUAAACCCUGUGAGCAGUGUCCUGUGCCCAGCAGCGAUGAGUUUGCCAACCUGUGCGGCAGUGAGAGACCAGGAUAUUAUAUCGACAUCACUACUGGAAGAGUUAUCGAUAUUGACGAAUGCCGGGAAAUCCCAGGCGUGUGUGAGAAUGGUGUAUGCAUCAACAUGAUCGGUAGCUUCAUGUGCGAGUGCCUCAACGGCUUCAUCUACAAUGACAAGCUACUGAUUUGUGAAGAUAUCGAUGAGUGUCAGAAUGGGCCUGUGUGCCAACAGAAUGCAGCCUGCUUAAACAUGCCCGGGAGCUACCGCUGCGAGUGCAAACCUGGAUAUCGCCUCAGCCCGACGGGACAAUGCUUAGAUCGUAAUGAAUGUGUCGAGAACGCCGGUGCUUGCAAUCCUGGUCAGUGCAUCGACACACUGGGGAGCUUCCGAUGCAUCUGCCCCAAUGGGUUUAAAACAACCCGGGACCAGUCAAUGUGUGUUGACAUGGACGAGUGCGAGCGACAACCCUGCGGCAACGGGACCUGUAAGAACACCGUAGGCUCGUACAACUGUCUCUGCUACCCCGGAUUCCAGAUUUCACCUAACAGUGAUUGUAUAGACAUUGACGAGUGCUCGAGCCAGAGGGCUCUUUGUCGUAACGGACAGUGUGUGAACACCGUGGGCAACUUCUUGUGUGUGUGCAACGAUGGCUAUAAACUUUCGCCAGACAGAAGACUGUGCGUCGAUAUAAAUGAAUGUGCCGUAAAUCCUGGCACAUGCGGCGUCGGCACUUGUUUGAAUCUGGAUGGCUCGUACAGAUGCAUUUGCCCACCUGGAUAUUAUCUCCAUGCAGACACCUGCAAAGACAUUGAUGAGUGUUCGCAGUCGCCUGAGAUCUGCAUGUUCGGAACCUGCUCCAACACAGAGGGAAGCUUCACUUGCUUAUGCCCCGAGGGCUUCCAACUAUCUGCCUCGGGACGCAGAUGUUUAGAUGUACGCGUCAACUACUGCUAUACAAGGUUUGAAAAUGGACGAUGCCAGGUUCCAAAGCCUCAGAACACUUCCAAGGAAGAAUGCUGCUGUACCGGAAUGCCGGGUCAAGGCUGGGGAGAUCCCUGUGAAAUCUGCCCUGGCAAGACAGAAGAGGCGUAUCCCCUCCUCUGUAAAAAUAAGGGAUAUCAACGUGGGCUCGAUGAGAUUCCAAAAGAUAUUGAUGAGUGCCUCAACAACCCCUGUGAAAACGGCGAGUGCAUCAACACAGACGGUUCUUUCCGCUGUGAAUGUCAAAUGGGGUACCAACUUGACAUCACCGCAUUUACAUUUAAUUGUGUAGACAUUGAUGAGUGCGACAUUGGUAACCCCUGCGGAAACGGCACUUGCACAAAUGUCAUCGGAGGCUUUGAGUGUGCAUGUGAGGAAGGCUUUGAGCCUGGUCCGAUGAUGACCUGCGAAGACAUCAACGAGUGUGCUCAGAAUCCUCUGCUGUGUGCAUUCCGCUGUGUUAAUGUAGUGGGCUCCUAUGAGUGUAAAUGUCCAACAGGAUAUGUGCUGCGUGAAGACAAGAGGAUGUGUAAAGACCAGAAUGAAUGUGAAGACGGUCUAGAUGAUUGUGCCAGCAGAGGAAUGACCUGCAAGAACCUUAUAGGUACAUUUAUGUGUAUCUGCGCACCUGGAUACACACGCCACCCGGGUGGAGAUGGCUGCAUAGAUCUGAACGAAUGUACAGCCAAACCGGGCAUCUGUAAGAACGGCCGUUGUGAGAACACGCUGGGAAGCUAUCGCUGCAAGUGUGACCAGGGAUUCAUAGCUAACCCCACACAGACGGAAUGUAUUGAUAACCGCGAGGGCUUCUGUUUCACUGAGGUCCUGACUACUCUGUGUCAGAUGACAUCCAGUAACAGAAACAUGGUGACCAAGUCGGAGUGUUGCUGUGAUGGGGGCAGGGGCUGGGGCAACAACUGUGAGCUUUGUCCACUCCCUGGGACCACCCACUUCAAGAAAAUGUGCCCUCUGGGACAUGGAUACACCACUGAUGGCAGAGAUAUUGACGAGUGCCGUGUGAUCGGGAACUUGUGCAAGCACGGCCAGUGUGUCAACACUAUUGGCUCGUACAACUGUGUCUGCAAACCCGGCUACACUACAGACAUCACUGGCUCUCAGUGUGUGGAUGUGGAUGAGUGCAUACAGGCACCAAAGCCUUGUAACUUCAUUUGUAAGAACACAGAGGGUGGAUAUCUAUGUUCCUGUCCCCGUGGAUACAUCCUACAGGAAGAUGGAAAGAGCUGCAGAGACUUGGAUGAGUGCUCGACAAAACAGCACAACUGCCAAUUCUUGUGUGUCAACACCAUCGGCGGCUUCACCUGCAAGUGUCCCCCCGGCUUUACCCAGCAUCACACUGCCUGUAUCGACAACAACGAAUGCUCAACAGACCCGAAUCUCUGUGGCGCCAAUGGUGUUUGCCAGAACACUCCAGGGAGCUUCAGUUGCGACUGCCAGCGAGGAUUCUCAUUAGACCCCAAUGGGCAGAACUGUGAAGACACUGACGAGUGUGACGGCAACCACAGGUGUCAGCAUGGCUGUCAGAACUUAGUGGGUGGUUACCGCUGCAGCUGUCCACAAGGUUAUCUGCAGCACUACCAGUGGAACCAGUGUGUGGAUGAGAACGAGUGUCAGAACAGUCAAAUCUGCGGGGGAGCAUCGUGCCACAACACUCUGGGGAGCUUCCGCUGCCUCUGCCCCACCGGCUUUAACUACGAACAGGCUUCCGGUGGCUGCUCAGACGUCAACGAGUGCUCCUCCACCCAGAACCCCUGCAAGUUUGGAUGCUCCAACACGGAUGGGGGCUACCUCUGCGGUUGUCCUACUGGGUACUACAGGGCAGGACAAGGGCACUGUGUCUCAGGGUUGGCUUUUGGUGGCGGUGACCAAACUGUUGCUCAGGGAGGGGAGGAGGACGACAAUGCUCUGUCUCCUGAGGCCUGCUAUGAGUGCAAGAUCAACGGCUACCCCAAGAAAGGGCGCCAACGGCGCAGCGCCAAUUCAACACAGGGUGAACCUGUGGAUGACACGCAGAUUUCUGACAAUGAGAUGAUCAGUCUGGCCAGUAUGGACAUCGAGGACACCCUGCACCUCCACCUAAACAUCAGUGACCUGAGCAACCGCGACCAUAUCCUCGAAUUCAUCCCGGCACUGACCGCCUUGACCGAUCACGUGCGCUACAACAUCGACUACGGAAACGAAGCGGGCUACUUCAAGAUCAACCAGAGGGAGGGCGUGAGCUACCUGCAUCUGAGCAAGAAGAAGGCCCACACUCCGGGCGCGUACGACCUUCAGAUCAGUAGCAUCCCGCUGUACAGGAAGAAGGAGCUGACGGCGCUGGAGGACCGACAUGAUAAAGACUACCUCACAGGGCAACUGGGGGACAUCCUGAAGAUGAGGGUGCAGAUCAUCCUGCAUUAACCAGCACAAGCCUGUGACGGGCAGAGGUUGAUGAUCCACAAGAAGCUAAACAUCUCCAACUCUGGGUCAGUGUUGGGGCUGGGGGGGAUCAUUUUUGUUUUCCCCAACAGGGAGAUGGACUUGCCACCAAAGAGACAAGGAAGAGGGGGAUGGGCUAGGGGCGGGCAAGAGGGAGGUGGGAGGGGGGUUUACAGCGUUUGUUUGCCAAAGAUGAUUCUACAUAUCAUAGAUACAAUUUCUGUGAGGAAAAAAAAAUGCUGGCUUGAAAGCUCGCUGUCAAAUGAACACAUUGCGUUUAAGAAGUGUGUAAAACACCAUUGGAAAUGUGUUUCAGAAUUAUUGGUUUGCAUGUUGUAUGAUAUGUGGAAUCAGUGCCACUUUGGAAGGCAUAAGGACAACCGGAAACUCUCAUGGUUGUUUUUGUUUGUUUGUUUUUGUACAACUGUGGCAGAGUGGAAGAAAAGGAUGUCCCAUUAGUCUGACAUGAAUUCAUUUCCUCCCCUCAGGUAAGUGACUGACCAAACCCGGACACAACACAUUUCUGCCUUCGCAAAGCUGUCGAAUCGUGACGAGAACAGUUAGGAGAGGAAAGGGAGCCACUAAGGACUAUUGAGAUGUAAUCGUGUCUGGCUUGAACGACUCCUACCGCGUAUUUAAACAAUGCUUGUCCAUCUCUUUCUAUGGAUCAUUCAUAUUUACUGGUGCUAGCAACACAACCACAUAGCUUUUGAAAUGCACUGUACUACCAUACCAAAUUCUGAUAUUCCGUCAGCCACUCCAAUUUCAUGUCUGCUAUCUUCCCCGAAGCUGACCGCUCUCUUCUUAUAUUUCAUGUAAAUUGUGUUUAUACUGUAAUAAUCGAUGUCACUUUUAAUCUAUGAUGCCUUUGUAAACUAGAGGAAGCCCUUGGAAUACGGGGGUUUGUAAUGGUGCUUAUAAUGACCAACUACUUUCUUUGUUAACUGUAUACAUUCACAUAUCUGUACACAGACAUACACAUUCACACACCUUUGACAUUCGUGAUGGCAAAUCUGGACCUUACUGAUCAUGCACUGAGGCCUUCACGGCCACACAAUUCUCUCACACGUACAAUCAGUGCCGCAUUACCACAGGCCAGCCUGACACCAGUCUGUGUUUUUGUUCACAUCAGUGAGGGUUUAGUUGAACGUUCACAAUAAAAAACAUUCUUUUGGUGUAUA